AUGCAACUCAUCGCUACUCUCUCUGCUCUUGGGGCUCUAGUAGCCACCGCUACCGCAGCUGCGGUUCCAAGUGCCCCAGUGAAGCAAUCUGUGAUUGAUAUCCAGCUUUCUGCUACUGGCAAUACGAUGAUUAAAGCCACCAUCACCAAUAAAGGCGACCAGGCUUUGAAUCUGCUGCAGUUCAAUACUAUCCUAGAUAAGAAUCCAACUCGGAAGGUUAGGGUCUAUCAGAACGGCACUGAGGUCAAGUUUACUGGAAUGCUUGCCCGGUAUAAAAUGACCGGCCUGUCUCCAGACUAUUUCACCACCCUUAGCCCCAAAGCCAGCGUUGAGAGCUCUUUCGAUAUUGCUCGUACCCACGAUCUGACCCGGGGUGGAAAGAUCACCGUCAUGGCUUCUGGUACCAUCCCUACUGCUGAAGGGCACGGGGCUAACGGAACUACUAUUACUGGAUAUGCCAAGUAUGAAUCCAACAAGAUCGAGCUGGAUGUUGAUGCAAAGAAGGCUGCCUCCGUCGUGCAGGCCAUGGGGACUGUUAAGAAAUCACCUGGAUCCAUCGACAAGCGCACCAAUAUCGACACCUCCACCUGCACUCAGAGCCAACUUGAUGCCCUCGAGGGUGCCCUUUAUAACUCUGCUGCUCUCGCUCAAGCCGCUGCUCAAGCUGCCCCUUCAAAUCUUGACACAGUUGCGGAGUACUUCAAGUCUACCAGCCGCCGUACCAUCAAUACCAUCGUCUCCCGUCUUCAGUCGGUUGCUAGUGAAUCCACCUACGUCAACUCCGGCAGUACUACAUACUACUGUACUGAUGUUAUGAAUGGUUGCCAGCCUGGUGUCCUUGCUUAUACGCUUCCAGACCAAAACAUCAUUACUAACUGCCCAAUCUAUUACUCUGACCUGCCUGCCCUUGCCCAGUCAUGCCACGAGCAAGAUCAGGCUACCACCACCCUCCACGAGAUGACUCAUAACUCUGCCGUCGUCAGCCCCUAUUGUGACGAUCUAGGCUAUGGUUAUGAAGAUGCUACCUCUCUCUCUGCUGGCCAGGCCAUCCAGAAUGCCGAUACCUAUGCUCUCUUUGCCAAUGUCUCCUAA